UUAUAAAUUACGAGUGAAAUUAUAAAAUCAGGAUUACAUAUUCGAAUUCCAAAAUCCAAUUUUCAAUUGAUUCCAAAUAUAUAGAUAGAUACAGAAAGUAUAUAUAAUAAUAAAUUAAUCCGGAGGCCGCAGUCUCCGAACCGACUGCAACAACCCCCAUUUCUCGCGGCGGACGCCACCGCAAACCACCGCCAAUGUCGGCCAUUUCACCACCCCACUCCCUCCCUUCAUCCUCCUCCAAAGCACAAAUCAAAAUCCGAAACCCUAACCCCAUACAUUCCAGGAACAGAAUCCACUGCGAGCUGAAGAACACCUCUUCCCCCCAGAAAUGGACCGUUGACUGCGUCUCUUCAACCGACCCGAUUCACAUCAUUCUCAAACCGCCGAACUCAGUCCAAAUGUCUUCUUCCAUGGAUUCUUCGCUCAAGAAUUCGAAAAGGGUUUGCCUUUUUUACUGCCCCGAAAUGAAAUGCCUCGCCGAGAGAAUUGCUUCAGAAUCCGACGCAAUUGAGCUUCGCAGCAUUAGUUGGAGGACAUUUGAAGAUGGAUUUCCGAAUCUGUUCAUAUCGAACGCCCAAGGAGUUCGCGGUCAACACGUAGCUUUCCUAGCUUCGUUCAAUUCUCCAGGAGUUAUCUUCGAGCAAUUGUCGGUAAUCUACGCUCUGCCAAAGCUUUUUGUCUCGUCAUUCACACUUGUCCUGCCAUUUUUCCCAACGGGCACUUCCGAGCGUAUGGAGGAUGAAGGAGAUGUUGCCACUGCGUUCACACUCGCAAGAAUCUUGUCGAAUAUUCCGAUAUCUAGGGGCGGGCCCACCAGUUUAGUAAUAUUCGAUAUCCAUGCCUUACAGGAGAGAUUUUAUUUCGGUGAUAAUGUUUUACCGUGCUUUGAAAGUGGCAUACCGUUGCUAUUGAAUAGGCUACAACAGCUCCCGGAUUCUGACAAUAUAACAAUAGCCUUUCCAGACGAUGGUGCAUGGAAGCGGUUUCACAAGCAGCUGCAACACUUCCCAAUGGUUGUUUGUGCCAAAGUUAGGGAAGGCGAUCAACGAAUUGUAAGAAUUAAGGAAGGUGAACCGAAGGGACGCCAUGUUGUCAUAGUGGAUGACCUUGUCCAAUCAGGUGGCACACUGUUAGAAUGUCAGAAAGUUUUGGCGAAACACGGAGCGACGAAAAUAAGUGCCUAUGUGACACAUGGAAUCUUUCCAAAUAAGUCAUGGGAGCGGUUUAAACACGAUGAAGGAGGUAAUCCUGAGAGUGGGAUGACUUACUUCUGGCUGACCGAUUCAUGCCCAGAGACAGUGAAGCAUGUGAAACACAAGCCUCCGUUUGAAGUUAUAAGUCUCGCUGCUGCUAUUUCAUCUGCACUUCAGAUCUAGAAGGUUCCGUUUAGAACUCUCUCGUUUCCGUUUUUCCCCUUUGUAUCUUCAUUGAUCUUCUUUCAUUUCUUUCAUAAAGAAUCCAAAGGCUUAUUAUAGAGAUGCAAGAUAAGGUGGUGGAAUCUUCCAUUUUACGCAGUAGUGCUCGAAGUUUUUUACUAGUCGAGUUUGAUUUUAAUCUAUAGGAUAUUUUUUCGGAGAUGCUCGUAGACAAUCAGUUUCUUGAAAAUGUAUUUAAAAUAACGCAUAAACUCAUUGUGUCGUGUUUUUUCGCUGGAUUGUGCGAUUUAUGUA